AUGGAUACCCAACUGAUGGAACUCAUGGAUUCCCAGGUUGAGAUUCCUGAUUCCCAGCCCCAUGACCCUUUUGAGCUUGAACCCAUGCACGACCCAGUGGAUGAAUCUUCAAACAAGGGAGUGGAGGAGACAGUUGCCAGCUCUCGCCCAGUUGAGCGACAGCGUCGCAUUGCAGAGUUAAAGGCUGAGAUCUUGGCACUGGAGUCAACGCAGCAGAAGCUGCAGUCUUCAGGGUCAGGCAGAAGUGCUCCAGGCCCAAGCCCCGAAUUGAAGGUUUCGACAGACAUGGAUGACAAGACCGACAAGACCACUUGGGUUGUUACAGAGACCCUUCCUUAUGCGGGGGACAUCGACUCAACGUUGCCCAUGAAUUUCGACAAUGGAUUGCCUGCUAGUGUGGGUCUGCUUCUCAUGAAAGAAUCAACUCCGGUUGUAGAUGGGGAAAAAAACAAUGAUUUGGGCAUCCCAGAGGUCCCCAGUGAGCAUGAUGGCCAGAAGAUUCCGCCGACCAUGGUCCCAGAAGAAUCUGAACGCGAACCGGUUCUUACCCGUCGAGAGCAACUUGCAAUGGCAGCCAAAGCGAAAGAGGACAAGGAAGAUGGCAAGAAUGCCCCGGAAGAUGUUCCUGAGAAAUCUGGGGAUGACAUGGAUAUGAGCAUGAAGCCAGCCAAAAGGGCGAACAUGUGCACACCUGAGCGUCGACAGUUGUUUCCUGAAUCAGGGGAUGACAAAGUUACUCCUACAAAGGGGUCUCAGGGUGGUGCCAUGGGAUCUUCGGGAGAGCCUCCUGUGUCCUCCCCACCUGUGAGACAGAAGAAAGCCAAGAGGGCUAAGCGAUCACAGAAGACUCCAAAGAAGACCGAACCUGACCAGAAAGAGACUACUGGAGACAAGUGUCUUUCAGUGGAUCAGCCUCCGAAGGAGGAUGCAAGUGAACCAAAGGAUGCCUGCAACCUGAAAGGAAACAAACCCAAGAACGAGCCUGCCCCACCAACCACUACCCAGAUUGCGUGGGCCCAGGCGACUUUCGACGAGAACCAAGGGGAUCCAUCAUUUACCUUCUUUGCCAAAAAGAUGUUUGGUGCCGUCAAAGAGCCAGAACGCAAUUGUGCGACGAAGAUGAAACACUGGGGGUUCAGCAUGUAUUGGGAUGCACGCCGUGUUGGGGUACUCCAAGCAAAGGGUGAGGGCAAGAAGAAGAAAGUUCACGUGUUUUGUUUCAGUGGGGGGCCACCGUGCACUCACAUCGGCAUUCCAAUGGCUGCUGCCCUCAUGUAUGUCGGUAUCUCAGUUGCUGUGCAAAGACCGCAUGCAUGCAGGAAAAGUGUGCACAUGUACAAUACGCAUGCAUGUGCAUGUUCAGUAAUACAAUCUCAUUUCCUGAAUCAAAAACUGGAUCACAUGUUCAAGAAAUACUUCUUGAAACGCAAUGUGCUGUAG